ACAACACCCAGAUGCUCAAUAUUUCAUUUCAUUACGCAUGGGGCAGAGGGGAUGAACAUUCCCUAUCAGCAAAUGCAUGCCUAUAAAUCGGGGUAUAUUUAAAAAGGAAAACAGAUCUUAGAUAACAUUAGAACUUGGAGUGCCUAGAUUGACUACUGUUUGCUCCUUUAGGAGGGGGGCCACCUGGCAAGCCAAUGAGCGCCACCUCCGUGCUGGUUGGGGCGGUGGCCUCACACGUGUUCAACAGACAGGAAAAUAUGGAGGACAGCGAUGGGGCACCCUAUCUGCCCCCGGUCUGCAGCCUCCCAGUUCUCCGACUACUGCAGCCGAUGCUGGACGGCGAGGAGGACCCUCUUGAUGCCGACUUGGAGGAGCCCGGUUCACCAGCUGGGCCUGCCUCAGACGUCGGUGCACCACUGUCACCAGCGGCUGCCUGCAUCGCUGAUAGACCUGCAGCAGCCCCAGCAGCUUGCCUGAUUAGCCAGACAUCUACUGCAGGGUCACCAGCUCCUACACCUGCGGCUGCUGCAGCGUGCAACAGUGGUAGUGCGGCAGCAGCUGUGGGCAGUGGUGCCCGCCAGGUCGGAGGACGUAUGGCGCUGCUGGAAAGGAGCCUCGCAGAGGAAAACGAUAUGAGGAUGGCCUUUGUCCAGCAGGAGCAUGCCCUGCGCUGCAACUUCCUUGAACAGGACCACCGCGACGCACUCAGCAAGAGAGCUGCGCUGCAUGAAAUGGAAAUUAAAUAG